AUGCCGAUGCUGAAUUCUGUUCCGCUUGAAGGAAGAGCAUGUUCAUUCCUCAAGCGGAAACCCCUGGCAGAAAUCAAUAGAAGUCAAUGCAUCAGAGAACUCACACGGGAAAAACUGUUUUCAUGUUCAGAAUGUGUGAAAUGUUUUACAUCUAAAUCACGGCUUGUUGAACAUCAGAGAACUCACACAGGUGAGAAGCCAUUUCCUUGUUCAGAAUGUGGGAAAUGUUUUACUAAGAAAUCAAAUCUUGUUCAACAUGAAAUAACUCACACAGGGGAGAAGCCAUUUUCAUGUGCAGAGUGUGGGAAAUGUUUUACUCGGAAAACAGACCUUGUUAGACAUCAAAUAACUCACACAGGGGAGAAACCAUUUUUAUGCUCAGAAUGUGGGAAAUGUUUUUCUCAGAAAUCAGAUCUUGUUAAACAUCGAAGAACUCACUCAGGGGAGAAGCCAUUUUCAUGUGCAGAAUGUGCUAAAUGUUUUCCUGAUCAAUCAAGUCUUAUUCAACAUCAAAGAACUCACACAUGGGAGAAGCCAUUUUCAUGUUCAGAAUGUAGAAAAUGUUUUACUCAGCAAUCACAUCUUAGAAGGGGUGUUGGACAUCAAAAAGCUCAUUCAGGAAAUAAACCAUUUUCAUGUUCAGAAUGUGGGAAAUGUUUUACUUCUAAAUCAAGUCUUGUUAAACAUAAACAAACUCACACAGGAGAGAAGCCAUUUUCAUGUUCAAAAUGUGGGAAAUGUUUUACUGAGAAAUCAAGUCUUGUUAAACAUAAAAGAACUCACACAGGAGAGAAGCCAUUUUCAUGUUCAAAAUGUGGUAAAUGUUUUACUGAGAAAUCAAGUCUUGUUAAACAUAAAAGAACUCACACAGGAGAGAAGCCAUUUUCAUGUUCAAAAUGUGGUAAAUGUUUUACUGAGAAAUCAAGUCUUGUUAAACAUAAAAGAACUCACACAGGGGAGAAGCCGUUUUCAUGUUCAGAAUGUGGGAAAGGGUGUGUUCAAAAAUCAGAUCUUGUUAAACAUCAAAGAACUCACACAGGAGAGAAGCCAUUUUCAUGUUCAAAAUGUGGGAAAUGUUUUACUCGGAAAUCAGGUCUUCUUCAGCAUAAAAGAACUCACAUAGGGGAGAAGCCAUUUUCAUGCUUAGAAUGUAGAAAAUGUUUUACUCAAAAAUCAGAUCUUGUUCAACAUCAAAGAACUCACACAGGGGAGAAGCCAAUUCAGGGCAGUAAAUGA